AACUCUGCCUAAUGAUUUUUCAACCUAAUGAUUUUUCAAAAGGUGACGGUAUUUUCAAGAAUUUGCUUUUCAAUUGAUUUAUCACUGCAAAUGAGCAAAAUGGUUUUUUUCAAUUAUCAAUAAGUACCUGUUUUACAUACCAGGCACAUAACCAAUUCAUAUGAAAAGAUAAUAAUAUUAAUUUUUGUAUAAUAUAUACCUGAUAUAAUUAGUAACUGUAAUGACAAGUGGUUGUUCAAUUUUUUUGCUGCAUUUGGAUUUAAAAUAUCAGAGUGGAACGGUUACGACGACUUGGAAUAAAUGUUAGCAAUAUCAGAAGUGUUUUUCGUGGCUCACCAGUAAACUAUAAACCAGAACCAUCCUACGAAUAUAGCACAGGUGUUUCUGCUGACGAUGAACAGACCGAAAGGGACAUAACUCCAGACGAUGAAAUUCCAACUGCUAUUGGUACAUCAAGGAAUGAUGGAAUGGGGUCGAAAUUAAAUGAACCGGAAGUAGAACAGAAAUCGUAUAGCGACCAAGAAACAGUUAAAUGCAUUACACCAGAGGAGACGCUUGAACCUAAUGAAAUAUCCAAACAAGAAUAUACAACAGAAAGUAUAAAAUGUACAACUGAUGGGGAAUGUGUUGAACUAGAAGACAAAACGUCAAAAGAAUCUAAAAUUGGAAGUGAAGAGUCUCCUUUGGAUCAUCAGAAUCAGCAGGAAAAUGAAAUUCGUACGGAAAUUUCCGUGAAAAGUACAAAAGAUGACGAACGUGAGAUUUUAGAAGACAAGAAGAAAAUAGAAUCUAAAGUUGAAAUUGUAGAGUCCCCUUUAAAUCAGAAGAGUCAAGAACAUGAAAUUCGUACUGAAAUGUUGGUGAAAGUUACAAAUGAUGGCGAAUGUGAGAGAUUAGAAGACAAACAGGAAAUAGAAUCUAAAGUUGAAAGCUUAGAGUCCCAUGUAGAUCACCAAGAAAAGGAAAUUAGUAAGGACAUUUCUGGGAAAGACGUAGAGGAUGAUGAUUCAAUUAACAAACAAGCUGAGUCAGAGAUUAAACAGCCCGAUCAAAAAGUUAAUGAUGAGAUUAUAAACGAUGACAUGCCUGAAGAAAAACAAUCGGUAACUGAUGAUAAAACUUCUGACAAAACUGACGACAAUAAAGUUGCUGUACAAUCUUUCAAGGAGGAUAUAUCAGCAGAUCCAAAGCCACAAGAAACCAAAAUAGAUCCCGUUCCAAGUAACAAAUCCGACGAAGUUGAACUAGAAACCACUGAUAAUUCGGUAACAUACAGAACAAAUGACAAUAUUAUUGAAAAUCAAAAUGAUGAAGUCGGUACUUAUGAUUUGAGUAAAAGUCCCGAUGCGUCUUCAAAGGAAACAAUAGAAACACAAAAUAAUGAAAAUGUCGGUUGCGAUGGUGAUACGAAAGGACAAUCUGAUGACGUUACUGUUGCUGUUAAAACUUCUCCUGGUGAGAUUGAUGUUGAUAAAAAAGUACAAUUUGAUGACAUAUCAAAACAGAAUCAAAUGGAUGACACAUAUCAAACCAAUGUAGAUGACACUAUCAAUAACGAAAGCAUAGGACAUGAUGUUGGUUCAAGCAAUGAUGUCUCUUCUCAUGAUGAACAGGGGACAGAAGCAAGUACAACCAUAGAACAUAAAAAUCUAGAACAAACAACAGAUGCAGUUAAUAUAAAACAGGAAGGAAAACUCAAUGAUGGAAUUAAAAUUCAGGAUCAGACCGAGGAAAUUAAAGAUCUAAACGAGGAACCAAAAAGCAACAUAUCAAAUAAGCCACAAGAACUACCGGUAGAUACAAAAGGACAAAGUAAAGAUGAUAACGAUGUUCAUGAAAUCGAUGAGAUAAAAUCAAAUGAAUCAGAAAUUGGCAGUGCUAACCAAAAUCAAGACAACAAUCAAACAACAAAAUCUGAAAACCAAACAAUCGCCGAAAAAACUAACGAUAUUAUAGAAACAUCUGGUCAUGAUGAUAAGAUAACUGUAAAUGGUGAUGGACCGUUAGAUGAAGACAAUAAUCAAAAUGUGAACCAACAGAACGAUGAAAUGGACAAUGAUGAAGAUUCCCACUCUUCCAUGAAAAUGAUGAGGGGAGAAGUAUCAGCUAAGACAACAUACCAGAAAACAUCGACAGGACCAGUCUCAAUCGCUGAAGUACACCCAGAAGGAAAAUAUAUCACUUUAGAAAACACUAGUGCACAAAGACGGGAGAUCAAUUUAGAUGGCUGGAAGUUAAAACGAGAGCUUGAUGGACAAAAGGAAUAUGUCUACACAUUUAAAAACUUUAUUUUGAAACCAAACAAGUCUGUUAAGAUUUUCGCACGUGGAUUUGCAUCUGAUGCUGGAAUCAACGACCUUGUCUUCCGUGAUUAUGAAACAUGGGGUGUUGGAUCCAAUGUCCAAACAUCACUGAUCAACGAAAAUAGAGAGGAAAAAGCAACCCACAGACAGAAAACAGCCUACAACUAAAUUAAAAAACAGACUGACGCAGUGAAUAGAUAAUAAUCUGGCUUGAUUUAUAUUGCUUAUUGAACCUUAUUCAGAAUUUGCUGAAAAAAUGUUUUUGAAAAAAAAUAUUGUAAAACUGUUCAUUUUAUUUGUUUAAAUUUUAAUUAUAUAGAGCAGUUGCAGCCAGUAGUAAAAACAUAAAACAAGUGGAACCUAGCUUUAUUUCAAGGUGUAUUAGUCGCUUCUAUUGAGAUCAAAGGGUUUGUGAUAUUAUGGAAUGAUAAUGAGAGAAUGUGAGGUUUAUAUAUAAAUAUAUAUAUAAUGAGUGACAGAACUUUUAGAGAUUUUUUUUACAUUUAUAUACAUUUGCCUUUAUUUUUUAAAUUUUUAUGCAAUUUUGUCUUUCCGUCAAAAUUUUCUCAAUUAUUUUGUUUAUAUAUAUAUAUAUAUAUAUAUAUUUCAUGCUUUUGGAAUAUUUACCAAUUGUUGUCAAUGUUAUGUACUAAGCUUUCUAUGUUGGUCCUGCAAAGGUACCAUGUUUUGUUCACUUGAGAAAAAAAGUAUGUUGUUGCUAUGGUUAUAGUACGCGGACGGAUGAAGACUAAAUUCACUAUUUAUAUUGUAAAAUUAAGAUGGAGCUGUCACCAAUUGUCUUGCCUUUUUAAUAAAUUAUUCACAAUUA